AUGGCCCAGAUGCUGGUGGCCCUGCAGGCAGUCCAUCUGACUAAGACUGGUGAGGUCAGCCACCCAGCAGACGCCCUGGAUGAGAUGCGCGAGCGCUUCCUGCUGUAUGGGGUGCGCGCCCCCUUUAGCUGGAUCACACGGCUGCGCACAUACAGGAAGAAGAUCCAGAACAGCACCACUAGCCUGGGCUAUAUCUACUGGAGUGAUGAUGAGCAGACCCUCAGCUAUAAAGACCUGCGGCUCAGCAUGCAGGGGCUACGCCAGUUCAUUGCCAGCCAGGUGCAGCUAGCCCAGGCAGACCUUGCACGGCUCUUCCUACUCCAUGAGGAGGAGGUGUGGGAGGAGGUAGUACCCCAGCUGGUGCUGCACAAGCUGCAGGAUGAUCCCACUAACAACCAGCAGGGCUGGAACUUCCUGCGGGACCAGCGUACCCGGGCAGCCCUGCCUACCACAGGGGAGUGGUGGCUGCUAGACUGCAUUGGCCAGCAGGACCAGGUGCUGUGGCAGGAAGGUGUAGUGAACCACUACCUACAGCAGGCCAAAGCAUUCCUAGAGCACCUACUUCUAUUAGUCUAUAUCACUGGGGGGCAGCCAGGCCGGGCCACAGAGCUACUCAGCCUGCGCCAUAGUAAUACCCUGCAUGGCCGCCACCACAAUGUAUUCAUUGAGCAUGGGCUCGUGAGCACGGUCACUAUGUACCAUAAGGGGUAUUCCAUUGAUAACACCACGAAGAUCAUCCACCGGUAUCUGCCGAAGGCUGUCAGUGAGCUAGUGGUCUACUAUCUGUGGCUAAUCCUGCCCUUCUGCCAGGCACUGCAGAAGCUGGUCCAUGGGCAGAAGGGCCCAGCAUCCGCCUUCCUAUGGCCUGUGGGGGAUGGGAGCUGGGAUAGUAGCCAGCUGCGCAAGGUCCUCCAGCGUAAGGCACAGACCCAUCUACAGACCAAGAUGAAUAUCCUGUCCUACCAGCACGCAGCUAUCGCCAUCUCCCGUGUACACCUGAAAUGCGGGGGGUUCAAGCGGGACUAUGGGGCAGAUGAUGCGGCCUUUAAUGAGCAGGCUAGCCAUGGGUCCUGGAUCGCAGGCACAGUGUAUGCGCGGGGGCUACAGGAGGCACCAGGCCAUGUAGAGGCACGGCGGCGCCAAUACCGGGCCAUCAGUCGCGAAUGGCAUGGGUUCCUAGGCUUUGAAACCUACCUAGGGCCCCGCAAGCGGCCUGCAGGGGGUGAUCCUGAGGUAGGGUGGUCAAAGAGGCAAUGUAUCAUGGUGGAGAUGGACUAUGAUUAG